UAAAAAAGGAAAAAAAAACCAUAGCUGGGUGACCAUGUUGUAACUACUCAUAGUUGGGUGACUAAAAAAGAAAAAAUCAUAGUUGUGUGACUACUAGUGUAGUUUACCCAAAAAAAAUUCUUUAUAAAAAAAAAAGGAUCACCAUUUUUGAAAGGUCCACUCUCGCGCUUCUUUACUUGCGUAAAAUCAUAGCUGCUUUUCUUCUUCGUUGUUCGUUAAUCAUUUGGGUACAUCGCCAAAGAAUUUCAACUCCAGAGCCACAGAUCCUGUGCUUUUUGCUGAUAUUUUAGAUUCUCCAGGUUAUGGCACACCCUGAGCCUCAAUAUGUGCAAAGGGGAAAGGUACCAAUCGGUCCUCCUCGGAGAAGGCCCCGGAUUCUACUUGGUGCUUGCGGAUGUGUAGCUGCUGUACAAUUUGCAAGUAUUUGUCAUUGUUUCUCUGAAUGGGCAGAAGUAAAAGCCGUUGCGACACCAGCCUCUUUACAUUUCAUCGAUAUAGAAUCACUUCCUGACAAUGUAGACCUUUACACCGACGGGCAUGAAUGGUCCUGUUGGGAAAAAGUAGGUGACAAUGUGCUUCACAUCGAACUUUAUCGAUGGGCUGAUCUUAUGGUCAUUGCCCCGUUAUCCGCAAACACACUUGCUAAGAUUGCUGGUGGAAUAUGUGACAACUUGUUAACGUGUAUUGUACGAGCUUGGGACUACAGCAAACCGAUGUUUAUCGCUCCAGGUAUGAACACUUUCACAUGGAGAAACCCUUUCACGGAAAAACAUCUAAUGUUGGUCGAUGAACUUGGAGUUUCUUUCAUCCCCGGUGAUGAUGCAAUGGCAGAACCUACUGAAAUCCAUUCAACCGUAAGACUAUACUUGGAGUCUCGGCCUCUACCAAAUUGAUAAGCCGGUAGGUCGAUUUUCAAACCUCAAUAACAAUACUACAAUUUUUGUGUGUUGUAAACCAUUGAUUCUGUGCAUUGAGUGCACCUUUUGUUAGCCAUUUUUACCAUAGAUUACUGUACAUUUAUACCUCCAUUUUUUGAGUUUUGCAUAUCAUGAAGAAUGGAACUUGAAACAUUAUUGCUCUUAUAAGCUGAUGAUAAAGAAACAGUAGCACAUUGCUAAAGCUAAA